AUGUCUGUUCUCUGGGAGACGAUGGCGGGUCUGGCUCCGUUCAUCCGCACAUUGCCUCCAAAUCAUGUGUAUGAUUAUGAAGAUGACAAGUAUGAUGAUUAUGAAAGCGACGACCCCGGGUACCACAAGAGCACCUUCGUAAUUGGUGUCAAUCGACAUCACUUAGCUUCCAACGUUCGUUUUGCUCUCAAUACCCAGCGUCUGGAUCAUUACGCGAGAUUCAUCAAGCAUGUCACUGUGCACGACAAGGAUGCAUACUAUGCCACCUUGCACGAUCUAUCCAUCCACAUGCCCUCGGGAUAUCGCUUGCUACCGGAAGUGCGAACACUCGACAUCCACCUUGAUGCUGUGGGCGGGCCAGAAGGCAUGGACAUGCUCUUUGGGCCUCGAGUGGAUGCUAUCUCUGUGAGAAUCGAAAGGACCGACACAGGAUUCCGCUGGACCACGGUAUUUCUCAACAAGAUGUUUGCCAUCUGUCGCAAUCUACGGACGCUCAAGAUCGACUUUGAUCUUUGCGAUCCAGAGGAAAUUUGUGUGAUCUUGGACAUGAUGCGUGCCGCUCGUCCCUCCCUCAGAGCUCUGCAUCUGACAUUCAAGGCGUGGAUAUAUGGCUUCAAGGUUAUGGGCACGCCCAGAGACUCGAUGGAGAGACUGCUGCGGGUCAUCAGCGGCACCGUUCACGAUUUCUCCUCGACCAUCCGCAUCGAACCCCUUGCCAUGCAGGCAUUUGGUCUCUUCAGGAACCUCCAGAAUCUGAUGAUUCAUCUGAGUCCGCAGGCUAUGUCGCAUCUCACAAGUAAAGGCCCAAAUUUCCUCUUUCCGUCACUACGUUCUCUGGAGAUCAUAGCAGACAACAUCUUUCUAGACACCCCGCCGUUCAUGCGACACCUACAGGCGAUGCACCUGGAUACGCUGGCUUUACUCUUUAUAAGAUCACCAAGCGCAUCCUGUGAGGAUUUCAUGAGCGACUUCAACCAGUCAUUCUUGACGUGUUCUUUCUCGGGGACGCUUUCGGUUGUCGCCAUGCAUCCUCGCCAACGGGACCGCAACAUGUGGCGGCCGCCCUACAGCAUGAUGGCUACCUUGUUGGCGCUACCAAAACUAUCUGCGUUAUAUCUUCCACGACAAUGGGCGCGAGACGAUGUAUUGGAAACCAUUGCUAAAAAUAGGCCGGAGAUCCAGCUGUUAGAACAUUGCCCUCUCCACCCACGUGCAUUUCCUGACAUUCCUGAUGUACCGCUCUUCCAUUCACAGCUGCUUUAA